AUCACUUGCAGCUGAACGCCGAGGUCCUGCGGAGCUCCGUAUCCGCUUAUCGACUCAGCAGAGGUAGGACGGGAUCACUGGGGAUACUUGACAACUUUCAGAAUCUGCUAUGACAUCUCGCAGGUGGUUCCACCCCAACAUCACUGGAAUCGAGGCAGAGCAGGUCUUGUUGACUCGGGGAGUUCACGGCAGUUUCCUGGCCCGGCCCAGCAAGAGCAAUCCUGGGGAUUUUACUCUGUCUGUCAGGCGUAACAAUGAGGUGACCCACAUUAAGAUCCAGAACUCUGGGGACUACUAUGACCUGUACGGUGGCGAGAAGUUUGCCACGCUAGCCGAGCUGGUGCAGUAUUACACUGAACAGCAGGACCUGCUGCGCGAGAGGAACGGCCAUGUCAUUGAGCUGAAGUAUCCACUCAACUGCAAGGAUCCCACCUCUGAGAGGUGGUACCAUGGACACCUCUCUGGGAGAGAUGCAGAGAAACUCCUCACAGAAAAAGGCAAAGCCGGCAGCUUUCUGGUCCGGGAGAGUCAGAGUAAACCUGGAGACUUUGUCCUGUCGGUUCUCACCAACGAGGAGAAGCAUGACAACGUCGACCGCAAAACCAAAGUCACACAUGUUAUGAUUCGCUUCCAGGAAGGCAAGUAUGAUGUGGGAGGUGGUGAACGGUUUGACACGUUGGCCGAUCUGGUGGAUCACUACAAGAAGAACCCCAUGGUGGAAAAAAGUGGCAUUGUAGUACAUCUCAAACAGCCUUUUAACGCCACGAGGAUAAAUGCUGCCAACAUCGAGAACCGGGUACGAGAACUCAACAAAGUAGCAGACAACUCAGAGAAGCCAAAACAAGGAUUCUGGGAGGAGUUUGAGGUACUUCAGCAGCAAGAGUGCAAACUGCUGUAUCCCCGGAAAGAGGGCCAGAAGCCAGAAAACAAGAGUAAAAACAGAUACAAGAACAUCCUCCCCUUCGACACAACGCGAGUUGUGGUUAAAGACUCUGAAUCAGACGCUCCGGGUUCAGAUUACAUCAACGCUAACUAUAUCAGAAACGUGAGUGAAGAUGGGUGCCAUGUGGAGGAGAGUAAAGUCUUCAUUGCCACUCAGGGUUGCCUGCAGAACACGGUGAACGACUUCUGGAAGAUGGUGUAUCAGGAGAAUGCUCACGUCAUUGUCAUGACAACCAAGGAGAUGGAGCGGGGAAGGAACAAAUGCGUCCGGUACUGGCCGGACCUCAAUGGCACUAAAGAGUUUGGGAAAGUCCUGGUGAGGAAUGUGGAAGAGCAGCCGGCGCAGGACUACAUCCUGAGGAAGCUGGAGGUGACACGCCUGGACAGGAAGGAGCCUCUGCGGUACAUCUGGCACUACCAGUACCUGAGCUGGCCGGACCACGGCGUCCCCAACGAGCCCGGUGGCGUCCUCUGGUUCUUGGAGGAAGUCAACUGCACACAGAGCACUAUUAAGGAUACUGGACCCAUCAUUGUCCACUGCAGCGCGGGCAUCGGCAGAACCGGCACCAUCAUCGUCAUCGACAUCCUCAUCGACAUCAUCAACCGCCAAGGGCUGGACUGUGACAUCGAUAUCCCAAAGACCAUCCAGAUGGUCCGGCAGCAACGGUCCGGCAUGGUCCAGACUGAGGCACAGUACAAGUUCAUCUACAUGGCAGUGCAGCAGUACAUAGACACGGUCCAGAAGAGGCUGGAGGAGGAGCAGAGGAAUAAAAUGAAGGAGAGAGAAUAUUCAAACAUCAARUAUCCACAGAUGACCAACUCCAGGUCUAAGCACAACAUGGCGUCCUCCAGGUCGUCUUCAGUAAUGACAAAUGAUGAUUCUUCGAGCGUGUACGAGAAUAUAAACUUCAGAACCCCCCAGGCAUCGUUCAGUAGUAACACCAGGAGAUAAAAUGACCACUGUAGACCUGCUUCUCUCUUAUCUGCCUCCUGCUUCAGCAGCGGUGUUGCUGGCCAGAGUCUGUAAAAAUCCCUUUUCGGGCUGACAGGAAGUGAUGCGUUAACAGACCCCGGCCUCGGCCUGAAGGCGGCAAGCCGACUCCUCUCCUGCUGCCAUGCUGCUGACCUCUGACCCUGUGACCAGAGGACCCUAAACUCUGUCCCGUCAGAACCAGCUCCAGUGCCUUGUGACAGGACGUGUCUGUAGCCCCUCCUCCACCUGUUUCUCCUCGUUUUUUUCUUCCUCAUCCCUUCCAAGUCGAAGCUAACCCGCUAAGCUGUGUUUGCUGGAUGCGACAUCAGGCGGCGGGUCUGACCCGACGCGGCUCUGUGGGAUCUGAGCCAAGGUCAGAGCCCAGCUGUUCUUCCAGCCAUUUGAACUUUAAACCUUGCACUGUUUUCGUGAGGCGAGCUGCGGGGUUUACUAACGUGGCCGCUGAGUGACGGAAGGGUYCCAAGGCUCAGGAAGGGCACCAAGCCCCACCCUUCUUAUMGAUGUAGACUGUGGUGUGUAUGUGAAGUAUGUGGGAGGAGGACGAUGUGCUGYGAUCCGCUGCUGGAAGCACUGGUUCUGUUCCUGAGCACAGAGAGACGACUUCAGGAACAUCUCUGUCUCGUCUUCAUGUCGGAGCAGGUAUUCCUGCAAAUUAUCGCCRUGUUUGCUCUUCCCUUCAUUGCGUUACUGUUUAAUUGUGUGUGACAAUGAUUUAAAGGUCAUGUAUAAACUUUACUUUAGGGUCUUUCUAAAAGCAGAGCUUCAGUUCACAUGUUUCCUGACAUAAAUGGUGAAUGGUGAAUGGACAUUAUAAGCCACACCGUCCUCUGAUGGCUCAGCGUCUGUCAGGAUGGGAUUGACAAAAGGAGACGAGGAAACGGGCCGAUCGCAGUGGCCCAGAUGGUCAUCUGCCUGAGAUUAAAGAAUAGAUUUGUCUCUGAAAAGUAAUUUAGAAGACGACUGUAAUCCAGGUCUGAUGCCAGCCGGGCGAGUAAAGCGAUGUCAUUUACUGGGAUAAGUAGAGUGGUGCCGUAGAGCAACGAGCCCUCUGCUCUUUCCCGCAGAUUGUUGGAUAUUUUUAUCCUCCUGAAUCCAAAAUAACCCGGUCUGGUUCAAGGUGAGAGUAAAGUCCUCAUUUUCUUCAAGCUCCACAUUUUCUCAUGUUUCAACCAAAAACAUCACAGAGUUUUAUUUGGACUUAGCAGCAUGAAGGAAAAUCAUUCAUGGUUUAAAAGUGUUUAAAAGAGGAAAAAUCUGAAAAGUGUGGUGUGCACUUGUAUGAACCCACUUYACCCUGACACCCCUAAAUAAAAUUCCGUUUCUCUCAGAAGUUGGAUUCAGUCUGCUGGCGAUGACUGCAUCAUUUCUCUCUGUGUUGCUCAUUUGCAUAAGCAAACGUUGAACAUUAUAACAUUUUCAGCCUUAACUGGUUUAGCUCAUCCGUUUCAAAUCUUCAAGCAAAUAAAUUUCACACAUUAACGACUUUCACAGACAAAUGAGGUUUCAUGAAAAUGUAACUUACAGUUCCUGGAUGAACCAUUAGGUCUGAGAAAACGAUGAGCUUUCAGUAAAAAAAAAUCAGUGGAUCAUUACAAAAUGUAACAAAGUCGUCAAAGUUUGUCAUUUUUAGUGAAUACCUACAGGUUUUUUGUCCAAAGCGUUAGUAUUUGGGUUUGAUGGCGUCUUUAGAGGCCUGGUGUUUGUUGUCGUUGCCCAGUAGCUUCAGUGGAACAACUUUUWAAAAUUUCUCUUAAUGUCUUUAGGUUUGAUUUUGCAACUCUGCUCACUAGUUUCAUGUUGUUGUGUUUUUAUUAUUAUAUCAAAUUAUUAAUGUUCUUGAUGACUACUGCAGGCCAGACAUUUCAGAAUCGUAUUUGUGAAAAGAAAAAUUAAUAGAAAUGUCCUUAAAGUUUGAAGGAGUAUGAAUUAUUUGUUAGUUAAGUGUUGGGAUGCACCAGUCUGCCCCAGGCCUCUUAGUGCCCCUCUCCCAGUUGCCCCAGCUCAGGGUUUGAUCCCAGGGAUUAAAUCCUUCAUGUCAGGAUCGUCAUGAAAAUAUCCAACGUUUGGAAAAGUUUUCACCCUUCUGACCUCAGAUCCAAGGAGUUUAACACAAACUGAACUUCUGUCCAGCUGAUUGGCUCAAACACAGAGACGUGUCAGAGCGUGAUUCAUGGUGGAAAUAAUACUUUCAGCACUGCACUGAAAUGAUUAUGAUGUAGAAAAGUUUGAAUUUAACUCCAGCAGCCAUUUUGUUUCCCUCGUCUUAAAGUUUGAAGGUUUUUCAUAAUCUAACUACUGAAAUGCUGUUUAAUGAAGGAUUUGUGGUUAAUAGCUCUGGUACAGUGAUUGGAAGCUUCCUCUGCUCUGCACUGCCUGUUUCAAAUUCUGCACUGAUCCAUGUUCAUUAUAAUGUCAACAUCAAGAUGUUUCAAUGUGUUUCUCUUCCUGUGCAACCAGGAGAGGGAAUCUGUUUCCUGUUUUGUUUGCUGUGAGGACCUUUGCUCUGUUUCUCUGCGUUGGUGACCUCACAUUGUGUCUGAUUUGGUGAAACUUUAGUACUUGAAAGUGUGAACUGGUUUUUCUCAGGCUGUGUGGAAAUCCAUCAGACGUGUUUUUGUUUGUGCACUAUGCUGAUGAUGUGUUUUCCUUCASACUUGUUUUCUUUGAGUCAUCCUUGGAUUUCUGUGUCGUAUGGAGUUUUUAUUUUUCUCACCAUGUUUUGAUGAGUGAAUUCAGUCAGAAUCGGUGGAGGACUGCAGUCGUGACGCCGAGUUUUACUUCAGCUGGUCCUCUGACAUUUUACUUGAACUUGAUGUGAUUUUUGUUGGAUUCCCUGACGUUGUCCUCCAUGUUUCCUGUUCAUCUUGCACUGGCUCCGCCCACACGCCUUUUUGGGAGUUUUGGCUUCAACUGCUGACGUGAGGAGCUGCCGGAAACUGCCUCUUUAUGGUUUAAUAUCAUAUACAAUAAAACACUUUAUGAUGCCACAGUA